AUGGAGCUUCUUAUUAUAUUAAUUGUAUUAUUACCGUUGCUUAAGGCCCAGUCUAAUGAACCAGAGACUUUAUUUAAUUUGACUAUGAGCUCAAUUCCUGAACUUGUGGAACCUAAAAAUCAAGACCACGAAAUCAAGGACGUAUUGGAAACUACCGAGCAGCCACUCAAAGCAACCCUUUUUCCGCCUAUACGAUGCCUUAAUUGUUCAGUUUGUUUCCCAAAUGAGGGGAAAACUAGAAAUAGUAAGGGGAAAAAGAUGUGUCACAUAAGACCCGGAAUACUUCACGGAUGCAUAUCAAUAUUUUUUAAAUACUCAAACGCCGCUGGAGGUCCAGAUGGCUUUAUGGUAAGAACUUGUAUUUCCGAUCUAGACGAGGACGGUCGGGAGUACUGCAAGAAUAAUAAAAAACUCUGCGAGCAGUGCUUCGAAGAUGACUGCAAUUAUGUGGACAUAAACAAAAAUGGAUUGGUGACUGGCGGAGGUACUCGAAUAAUGGCUUCAAUAUUAGUGAUCUUCAGUUUGACCAGUUGUCUUUUAAGGAAUGCGUAA